AUGGCCAGUGGAGUGAAGCGGGCUACCCGAAACUCGGGUAUUGCGGUAGACGUCAACCUGUGGGAUCUGCGAGACCUCCCCAAGACUAGCACCGUCAAGAGUGCGGCAACGAUGAACAACAGCCCGGACCCACCCUCCCCUCGCUCCACGACCCACGCAGCGCCCAAGCUGAAAUUGAAGGACUACACCGUGAGGCUGCCACGCGCAUCAAGGGACCAGGACAUGAAGCUUCUCCGCCGGGCGGCAAGGGACAACGAGGGAGUCGGGGGAUCGGACCCCGUCUACCCGUUGACCGGACCUGCGUGCAUCACGAGGAAGGAAGCUGCCGCUGCGCUGCUAGCGCUGGGCGAAGAGCGCGACGACGAGAUGGUGGCGGCGGCGAGGGCGGCAGCAUCGGAGAGCGGCGACUGCGGUGCAGGCGCCGGGAGCACCAUCGCAGACGGUGAAAGUUCGAUCCCCCUUGCCAUGGGCAUCAGCCAGCCACUUCUGGCGGAGGCCGAAGCCGACGCCCGCUUGGCCAGCCCUGGCGUAAGCCGUAACCUCACGACGGAAGACCAACGGAGUUCGCUGCCACACCCCGCGCAGCUCGACCUCGCCCAGGGCAAGCCGGACUCGAGCGACGAUACCACCGGUGCCAUGUCGGCUGCUGCGAAGAUUGCCCCUGCUAGAGCCGGAGACGUGGCUGGGUUGGCGGCGGCGGCGGUGGCUAAGGUGCUCUCUCGUGGAGCGGCGGAGGGAAAACCGGUCUUGAAGAGAAUCUUUGCGACGGUCGUGGCCUACGAUAUCGGCAACAGCAUGGAAGUAGCCGGCGGCGGGGGCAAGGGGUGCGGCGGCAGCAGCAGCAGCAGCUGCGGCGGCUGCGGCGGCAGCGGCGGUGCGUUCGACGGCGUAGCAGGCGGAGGGAUAGGAGGAGGACAAGGGCGGCGAUUCCAGCCCGAACACGGCGUCGGGGGAUCGACUUCGUCAAACAAGUACAAGCAUGUGAUCGGCGAUGGCGACGUCGGCGGGGACUCUUCGAUGGUUGACCGGCUGGGCAAGAUCGCCUGUGUCUGGGGCAGCAGCACCGGACACCACGGGCAGGGAGGAGAUGGCGGUGGGAAGGCGGGACCGGGGUGCUACGGGAACGGAGGAGGGGCUAGCGGCGACCGCGCCGAAAGCGACGGAGCACACACAAGUGGCAGUCGCGGCUAUAGCGGCGGCUACAGCGGGGUCACUACAUCCGAUGACAACGACAGCAGCAGCGGCGGUGAUGGAAACGGCACCGGCGGCGGCAUCGCCUGGGACAACGCCACGGACAACACCGGUGAAUGCAACGUGUCACCGAGCGAGCUUUCACCGCUCUCUCCGUUUCACGACAGCAGCAGCUUCGGGAAGCGGAACAGGGGCCACGACGACGACGACAACGACGACAUGGUCGAUGGGAGUGGCUGUGUGGACGUCAACACAGCGUCCGGCGAUGACGGCGUCAGCGAGCGUUGCGCUAAGCGCGCCCGGCAGGCGGCUGGUGGCGGAAAGUCCCUGCAACUCCGAGGGUUGCGUGACCGCAGCGGAAAGUAA